UCGAGGAUCUGGUAUCCUCGUUUCAAGUCUCCAACAGCGGUUCGCUCUGUUGUUCAGCGUCGGCCGCUUACUCCGCUUAAUACUUCUUUUCCUUCCAAAGUAUUCAGGCACACAGUCCAGCGACUAACACCGCCUACCUCCACUCCACAGCCACUUCAUUGUCUUCGAAAUAUAGCAAACAACUUGCCCCCGUGUGGGUCUAUUGCGUCUCGACCCAGUAUGCAAACUAGCCCAAGGAACUUCACGCCGAUGCCCUCCUUCGGCGCUGUUUUUGGAGAGGAGGCACGCAACAACCACCUUAAGAAUUCCUCGGAUACCGACAAGGCCGGUCCUCAUGGCUCCCUAGUACGUUCAGUAACCAGUGGGAACACACACAGCGGCGUACCUUUUUCCUCUUUUCACAUCCACCGUGACAGUAGAGACAGCACGUCAACCGCAUCCUCGGACAAUUCGCCGACGACCACAAUAUCCACCAUGGACUCCUCUACCGUCACAGACCCGUCGCCGGGUCCGUCCCCGGAGUCACCUGUAGCUAAGACGCCAUCGUCUUCUUUUGUAGCGGAUUUCCGGUCGCGAAGAACAGAAAACCCUUCGCAAGACUCCAGCACAAACACCUUCUUCGAACUUGCAAGGCCUACUACCCCUGCGAAGAAGCCACGGAAUCUUAAAAAUCUCGGCAUCAACACCUCUUCUUCGCUUGGUAACUUGCGCACUGCACAAAAUGCUACCACACUAGUAGUGGAAAAGAAGGAAAAGAACACCUCUGCUCCCGCAUCACCAUCGUUUAUCAAGCCACCCACACCGCCCAAGAGACGCCCUUCAAAUCUCAGCCUGACUAUAUCAACGCCUGGAAGCAAUGACAACAAGCCAAUGAGGCUGAUCAUCCCCUCUACCCCUGCAGGCAGUCGCCCUACCCUGCGCCAUUUCCAAUCAUCGCCUUCGCUUCCCCUAUGCUCACCAUCUGUUGGUCCUUCUGGGGGAAUGAAAAUGCCUGUUCUUAGACACGUUCCGUCAAAACCGAGCGGGCUUUCGGAAGUUCCUUACGAGAUGGAAGAGGAGGAGGAUCAAGAACCAAACUUUGACGUUCCUCAGUCACGCGAAGAGAAGCCUGCAGCGUAUCCGAAUGGGCCCAUUGAGAUAUAUCCUUCGGGUAUAUUCCUCUACUUUGAGCCCACCGUGGAGCAAGCCUGCACCUUUGAUGUCAUCAUCAACGUGGCCAGUGAGGUUAAGAAUCCAUUCACCACGCCAGUCUCCGAGACAUCCAAAGACCUCAAUGCCCGGCGUAUAGACGGCCCUGCUGCAGAGAAUCCGGAUUUCGCUGCUCUUCCUAACCGCGCGGGUGAUAACAACAGCUCGCCUCCAACGCCCAAGGCUGCACCUGCCAUGGCGGUGAUGCAGCCUGGUGAGCGUGUCAUCGACGGAAAACUAUACAAAACACCAGAGUACAUACAUAUGCCAUGGGAACACAACACUGACAUCGUAGCUGAUCUCUAUAAACUGGUCAAGACGAUGGACGAUCGUGUGCAACAAGGCAAACGAGUCCUUGUACAUUGCCAGUGUGGUGUGAGUCGAUCUGCUAGUUUGAUUGUCGCGUACGGCAUCUAUAAGAACCCCGAGACGAGCGUGCAAGAAACCUACGAUAUUGUCAAAAAGCGUAGCAAGUGGAUAGGACCCAACAUGAGUUUGAUUAUGCAACUCCAGGAGUAUCGAAACACAUUGACCAAAGGUACCGACAACCGAUCUUACCUUGGACAACCAUCAUUCGGUCGCCGAUCGGCCGGCUUACCCACCGGGAUCUCAACUGCCACCAAUAGACACUCUCCUUUCGAUCGGGAUAUCUCUUCUGCGCCUCGAACACCUCGUACUGCACCUCUACCACCCGAUACCGAUAUGAACUUGCAACGCGCCAGUACAGGAAGUAUGAUUAUGCUUUCGCCCGGGCCUCUGUCGGCACCAUCAGGAUCUUCAAUGUUUUCCCCUGGUUUCCGACAGUCGUGGGCUGCCAGCCAAACUCAAUUCGACCUCUCCCCGAAGUCAUCUCCGAAGACUACUCCUUACGUGGAUCCUGCUGGCCAUGUUGUUCCCAUGCUCGCUAUUUCAAACGACGAUGCGAAGGAUAAACCACAGACUCCUCCUGUCGAUGAAACUCCUUCAGAUCGCGAAGCAACUCUGAAGCCUCUUUUUGUUCCCAGCUUCUCCCGAAAGCUGCCAUUUCGAACCAAUGACAAGAGUAGUGCUCCAGAGCGACCUCGAACUUCUCCAGCGCCCAGUGGGCUGCAUGUUCCACCUGCUCCUCUCAGUUUUGAACCUCUACGAUCUCCUGCGGUACCAACGUUCAAUAUCCCAACCUUCACUCCAGACAGUGACGACGAUAUGGGGCUGAGAUCGCCGAUUAAGGCGUCAUUCAACUUAAGUCCUUGGCCUUCAACGCAUGGUUACAGCACCGAAUCAUCGCCUACUGCUGAGAGAUUUCCACUUUCGCCCUUACCACUAUCACUCGGACCUAGCGAGCCAUAUCAGAACGAUCUUCAUGUGCCCCCCGAGGCAUCAACUGAGUUGUUCUCACCACUGGCAUCAACCUUCAAUUUGGAACGUCCUCCUCCUGGAUCAGGUACCUCGGACGGACACUUGCCUUCCGAUGACUUUGAGGUUACAUCACCCGUCAGAACUGAGUUUCCUUCGGACAUGUUUGGUUCUGCCGACGAUGCAAAGAACGAUCUAACAUCACCACGAGCAGCUGAGUUCCACAUGACCCCAUUGAAACCCAAAGAGGAAGAUGAAGAUCCCUUCGGUCUAACUUCACCAACGCGUUUCGAGUUCCCAUCGGAUCUUCACAAGCGAACUGGCCUUACACCGCCGCGGUUCACUCAGCCAGACUUCCGACGGCCCUCUUUCCAAGCUAUAUUACCGCCAUCACAUCUAGCGCAGCCUGAAACAUCUAAUGGCUUUGCGUCCCUUGACGGUACUGCACACGCGCCGGCUUCCAUGCCAUCGAUGGAGCAACCAAAAUCUCCUGAUUCUAGAAUCGACAGUGUCGGUACUCUAUCCGAACAGAGUGCUUCUUCCUCGACCCACGCGCUUUCCAGCCAUGAAUCAUCACAGGUGCAGCCAAUCACUCCUCAGGCUCCGUUUCAUGCAAUCUCAACCCCAACACCGCCACGUCAACCAGGUCUUCGAGCUAGGUUCUCGUCUCCAAACAUGCGCGAUCAACGAAAGCUUCACAAGUUGCAAACCGAAAUGGAAUCCAUGCUUCCCCAUCGCACACCACCGCGAGCGCAGGCUCUCGAUGACCUCCACGCUUUAAUGUCACCGCGAGCGGAGGAGUUCACUAGAAACCCAUUCCAUUUCGAUCUCCCUGUCACUACAGAUGAGAAUAGCUCUGCAUCAUCACUCGAGACCGUAAAAGAGGGACAGACCCGCAGCGAAUGGACCGAGAAGCGGCAAUGGACUCCACAGAAGUCUCUCGACGACGAUCCUCGAAGUCCUGUUCAGGGCAGUAGUCCAAUCGUUCGAAAUAUAUGGGACGUCCUAUGA